CUGCUGCGAGGCCUGCUGUGCGCGGGGCUCUACCCGCACGUCGCUCGACUCGCCGGCGACGCGCCGCACCUCAAGUGCCGGGACCGGUCCAAGUGGUGGUGCCACCCACAGUCGCUCAACUUCAAGACGUUGGCGCCCGGGGGCAAGCUCAAGGAGCGGAAGACGACCUACGUCGUCUACAACGCGCGCCUGAAGACCUCGAAGCCCUACCUCCUCGACACGUCCGUCGUCCACCCGCUCGCGCUCCUCCUCUUCGGCGGCGCGCUGCGCGAGUCGCUGGACGGCACGCGCGUCGUCCUCGACGGCUGGCUCCCCUUCAAGGCCACGAAGCACGCGCAGCUCGCGGUCCUC